AUGUACCGCAGGCUUCGCGGUCUCCAUCUAUCGUCCAAGGCUGUCCAAACAUUUCCCGGCACCCAUCACACACCCCAGGGUAACCAGAGUGCGCAGGAUGGCCCAGAAUCUCAAGAAUUGCAAAUCAUGCAACCGGGACAAGUUGAAACAGGUACCCAAACUGGGCCGGGCGAUGGGACUCUCGCAGAUGCUCGUGGCGGCGAACGCUCGACUGCACUCCCAAUGACAGCACUUACAGGAGGGCUCCAUGCUAUGGCAGAUUCCUCCACUGACGCUCUCCUGCAAGAAAGUGCUCCUGGUCCAUCUCGAAACUCCGCAGCCCAUCCGGUCACGACCAGUUCAUCCUCCGAUGCCGUACCUGUCGAGCUCGCCGAGUCAUUGGCCAGACAGCGUCCUAGAGACACCAAUGACGAAGACGACAUGGCGAUCACACCAGCACCACCUCUGACAGUGCCUGACAUUCGCCCAAACCCAAGGACAGCGAGGCCGGAAAGUCUCGUCAUGUCUGGACCUUCUUCUAUUCAGGGGUGUGGUGACGGCCUCUUCACCAAGUUUCCAGUUGCAAGAAGUCAAAUCAUUUUCGAAGAAGUUUCAGUUCUCCGGGCGGUCGCUGACUAUGACAAGAUGUCUGGUGCCUGGAAUGUGAUAUCACACAACAACCAAAAACGACUGAUGGCCAACUAUCCAGACCUGGAAGUUAUACCCGGGGUCUUUGAAGAGCAACAGGAGACACACGAGGCCAAGAAAAGUGUCUUCCAUCUUGGCAGCAAAGUCAACCAUGCAUGCCCUGCCGGGCCCAACAGUCGAGUCCGAAGCCGGGUGAACGCCACGAUGGAAUGCCUUCCUCAAGUCAAAGAUGAUGUUGUGUUCGCCAGGUUCAAAGCUCUUCGCGACCUGGAGGCAGGAGAGGAAAUCUUUGUCGACUACAUCUCUUCUCCGCACUUCAGAUGUCUUUGCAGCGUAUGCAAGGAACGCAGGUGCGUGACAUGGCAUUAG